AUGUCGCAGCCUCCACCCGGCAAUGAUGCGGAGAAGAACAUCGAGAUCUGGAAGAUCAAGAAGCUGAUCAAGCGACUCGAACUAGCCCGAGGAAACGGCACUAGCAUGAUCUCGCUCAUCAUCCCUCCGAAGGACCAGGUCUCCCGAGCUGCCAAGAUGUUGGCUGAAGAAUACGGAACUGCAUCAAACAUCAAAUCUCGAGUCAACCGUCUUUCCGUGCUCUCCGCUAUUACCUCUACUCAGCAGCGUCUCAAGCUUUACUCCAAGGUUCCACCAAAUGGUCUUGUCAUCUACUGUGGUGAAAUCAUCACCUCGGAAGGAAAGGAAAGGAAGCUCAAUAUCGACUUUGAGCCCUUCAAGCCAAUCAACACAUCCCUAUACCUUUGCGAUAACAAAUUCCACACCGAAGCUCUCUCCGAACUUCUCGAGAGUGACUCCAAGUUCGGCUUCAUUGUCAUGGACGGUAACGGUGCUCUCUUCGGUACCUUGAGCGGGAACACCCGUGAAAUCGUCCAGAAAUUCGCUGUCGAUCUUCCCAAGAAGCACGGCCGUGGUGGUCAGUCCGCUUUACGUUUCGCUCGUCUUCGUGAGGAAAAGCGUCACAACUACGUCCGUAAGGUUGCCGAAUUAGCCGUCCAGAACUAUAUCACUGCCGACAAAGUCAACGUCUCUGGUCUCAUCCUAGCUGGUUCUGCCGACUUUAAAUCUGAAUUGGCUCAGAGUGAUAUGUUCGACCAGCGUCUUCAAGCCAAGAUUAUCAAAGUUGUCGAUGUGUCCUAUGGUGGAGAAAACGGAUUCAACCAAGCUAUCGAAUUGUCUGCCGAGACUUUGAGCAAUGUCAAAUUCAUCCAGGAGAAGAAGCUCAUCAACAAGUAUUUCGAUGAAAUCUCUCAAGAUACUGGCAGAGUUUGCUACGGCAUCGACGACACCCUCAAGGCUCUUGAACUUGGUGCUUGCGAGACUCUCAUUGUCUUCGAAAAUUUGGAUGUUACGAGAUGGGUAUUGAAGGCUUCUAAUGGCGACGAGAUCAUCUUGCACACCAACAAACUACAAGAACAAGACCGUAGCAAGUUUAUGGACAAAGAAUCCAGCCAAGAGAUGGAAGUUUCCGAACAGCAACCAUUCCUCGAGUGGCUGGCUGAGAAGUACAAGGAUUUUGGUGCUACUUUGGAAUUCGUUUCCGACCGAAGCAGUGAAGGCAACCAGUUCGUCAAGGGUUUCGGUGGUAUCGGAGCUAUUUUGCGAUACAAGGUUAACUUUGAACAGUUAGCCGAACUUGACGACGAAGACGAGUUCUACGACGAUUGA